AUGGGAGUCAAGGACCACAACAAGUCCCACAAAGCCAAGAUCAAGACCAAGAUUGCCCACGGAACGAAGGCCCCGUGGUUAGUUCCCUCAGCAGCUCGGGGAAGACACAUUCCCAGUGCCAUAGGAGAUGAUAAAGUCACCUUGGAAUCAUCAUCAUCCAACUUGCCGGACCCUUCACAAGGCAUGCCUCAGGAUGACUGCUCUCCUACACCUGUGCUGCCCUUUGACGGACUCGACAACUCGCCACCACUGUCAUGUGCCGGAGGGGAGGUCAAUGUGUCCAGUGUUCUUACUCAUUCUACUGAGAAUUCAUUUGAAACAGGCCAUGAAGAUUUGAGCCCCCUUACAAACAGUUCUUGCUACAGUAAUAUGGGUGAUUUAGCUGAUGAUGAAAGGAGUGCCUCUACCAUAAAGCUAGAUAGUGUUUCAUCCUCUCCAUCACACUCAAACAUUUCUUGCUACAGUAAUAUUGGUAAUUUAGCUGAUGAUGAGAGGAGUGCCUCUACCAUAAAGCUAGAUAGUGUUUCAGCCCCUGCAUCACACUCAAAAGAUCAUUCAAGACCAUUGGAGACUACUACACAGCUGCAGAGACCAAGUGUUGUCACCCCCACUCUGCCUCAAGACCCUGUACUGGACAAACACACCCCUCACGCCUGUCACUCUCCUAACCCUAUUUUGCUUGAAAAAAGUAAUCAAGAGAGUAGUUUCUCAUCCCCUAAAAUUCUUCAGUAUGACCAGUCUCCUAAUAGUUCAGCUAUCCCAACUAGUGGUACUUUUGCCUCUGUGACUUUGGUUAAAUCAUUCAGUGAGUGCCCCGGAGAGCUCUGUGACAGCCUUCAGGAGCUCAGUCUUGUCAAAUGUGAAGAGCACAACUGUUCCCUAAAAGAGUCACAAAGUGAUUCCAUGGAGCCUGUGACUAGUCCUUCAACACCCAAGUACACUGUUACAGACCUACAGUGUGUUCCUGCAGUGCCUGACUGCAGACAACCUGGUGACAAUGAGCCCUCCAGCAGCCCCAUGAAGCCUGAUAACAGUGACUCCAUCACCAGCCCCAUGAAGCCUGAUAACAGUGACUCCAUCACCAGCCCCAUGAAGCCUGAUAACAGUGACUCCAUCACCAGCCCCAUGAAGCCUGAUAACAGUGACUCCAUCACCAGCCCCAUGAAGCCUGGUGACAGUGACUCCAUCACCAGCCCCAUGAAGCCUGAUAACAGUGACUCCAUCACCAGCCCCAUGAAGCCUGGUGACAGUGACUCCAUCACCAGCCCUAUGAAGCCUGGUGACAGUGACUCCAUCACCAGCCCCAUGAAGCCUGGUGACAGUGACUCCAUCACCAGCCCCAUGAAGCCUGGUGACAGUGACUCCAUCACCAGCCCCAUGAAGCCUGGUGACAGUGACUCCAUCACCAGCCCCAUGAAGCCUGGUGACAGUGACUCCAUCACCAGCCCCAUGAAGCCUGAUAACAGUGACUCCAUCACCAGCCCCAUGAAGCCUGAUAACAGUGACUCCAUCACCAGCCCCAUGAAGCCUGAUAACAGUGACUCCAUCACCAGCCCCAUGAAGCCUGAUAACAGUGACUCCAUCACCAGCCCCAUGAAGCCUGGUGACAGUGACUCCAUCACCAGCCCCAUGAAGCCUGGUGACAGUGACUCCAUCACCAGCCCCAUGAAGCCUGAUAACAGUGACUCCAUCACCAGCCCCAUGAAGCCUGAUAACAGUGACUCCAUCACCAGCCCCAUGAAGCCUGAUAACAGUGACUCCAUCACCAGCCCCAUGAAGCCUGAUAACAGUGACUCCAUCACCAGCCCCAUGAAGCCUGGUGACAGUGACUCCAUCACCAGCCCCAUGAAGCCUGAUAACAGUGACUCCAUCACCAGCCCCAUGAAGCCUGGUGACAGUGACUCCAUCACCAGCCCUAUGAAGCCUGGUGACAGUGACUCCAUCACCAGCCCCAUGAAGCCUGGUGACAGUGACUCCAUCACCAGCCCCAUGAAGCCUGGUGACAGUGACUCCAUCACCAGCCCCAUGAAGCCUGGUGACAGUGAAGCCCCUGACAUACUCCCCACGCCUGCCAGCAGAGUGCCUGACAUGGGUCACUGCUGCCUUCCACCCUCCCGUCCUAGGGAGUGUGUGGGUAAUCUCAGAGUCUCAGGCAACGACCUCACUGAGUCUCCAGGCAUCCUUCAGCUGCCUGACAGUAGUGGUGGUGCCAGGGAACUCAAUGCAUCAUCAUCUUCCUUCCCUGCUUCUCCAAGUUUCAAUGACACUUUAGAAGAAAUUAAUCAGUUCCUCAAGUAUGGAGUGGAGUAUGGGGAAAGAGGCGCCAUGAUCCCCUCCAAUGGGACCCCUCAAAGGCACCUUAACUCCAGAGACCCUGCUGAGUGUAGUCCCGGAAAGGUUGCUUGCAGUCCCCAAGACUUAAAUUGUGCCUCUGAUGAGUCAGAUAACAGUCCUAUAUAUCCAGAAAGAAAACCUACGGAUAACAGUCACAGAGAGCCUUCAAACUGUCUAGUCAAUCCUUCCCCGAGUCCUCAGCACCCUGACAGUGGCCUCAGAGAGCACUGUGCCUUACCUGCCUCCCCCAGGUUCAAUGACACCCUUGAAGAAAUAGAGCAGUUCCUUAAGUAUGGAGUAGACUAUGAGGACACCUCUGCCUCUGGUGCUGGGAGUCAAGGAUUCAUCAACAGCUCAGCCGGGAGUAGUUCUUGCUCCUCUAGCUUCCAGCCACCACUGGAGUCCACUCGAGCUUCAGGUGCAGUGACUCCUGUGGUGAAUGAUGAAGAGAAGAAGCCAUCUCUGCAGCAGGAGCAGCAUUCUACUGCAACUGUGUCUGUGAAGAAGACCCCAUUGGCCUCACCCUUGCAUGCUAAAACCUUGCAUGCUACAGCUGCCCAGAGCUUGCCUGCUGCAACUACCAAACCAGGACUAGCUCGACCUGUCCAACGUGUCACACCUACUUCAAGGGCUCAAGUCUGUUUACCUCAUUCACAGCCUGUAAAAGCAAGUGUAGGGAGUGCCAUGAAGGCAUCUCACAUUCCUAAAGUAAUGAAAUCCCAGCCACACACUCCAACCACCUCCAAGUUGCAGCCUACAGCAUCAAGGGUAAAACUUCAGUUAGGAAGCUGUGUAGCAACUCCCACACCCAAGGCAGCUGGCCUCCCGCCCCACCCUCAGAGGAGGCUUGCACCAAGAUUGCUGCCGAAGAAGCCCCAAGCCCCCACGUCAGAUGUACGUCAUCAGCGAGCUCAGUGGCACAAGAUUGUAGCCAGUCCAUUGGCCAAGGAGCUAAGAAACAACCCUCCCCCACCCCUUGUUGUUAACAUAAAGUCCACCUCUUCCCAAAGCCCUUGGCACCCUCCUUCCACAAGCUGCCAGCAGAGUUACCAGCCCCCAACCUCUUCCUGUAACCUGUUCCCCAAUGGAGGCAAGGUCCAGAGGGCUGCUGAAGGGACCCCCAGCCCCAAGGUGUGCCAUGACGUGCAGGACAGCCGGGUUCUCCCAGUGGUUAACUACAAGACCGGGAUGUCAGUUGUUCUGAACAAGAAGGACAACAAAGAAAACACAAGGCGACAGUGUUGCAAGCCUCCUACUCCUGUGACUGAAGUCAAAGUGAUAAAGCAUACAGGGCGCAUGAUGGUAGCAAAGCCGCGCAACACCUCCCAGGGCGGGGAGCGCACCUCACUGAUGGAGGUGUCUGUCCACCAGCCCGUCUAUAUGGAUUAAGGAAACCAGCCAAGUGGACUUUAUUCCAGAUUUACUGAUUUUUUGUAUACAAGUAACUCGAUUUACGCAAGUUUGGUUUACGCGUUUUUUAAAUAACGCGGGGUCCAAGAUCCAAAUAAAUGUUUAAUUUACAUGUUUUUUUUCACUUAUACGCGAUAUUUUAUGGAGUGGCCACCAGAUGUCUCAUGCAACUGGACUCACACAGCCACACAGCUGAACUCAGCCCUUCCCUUGCACCACUUGAACAACAAUACAGUACCCACGCUGCCACGCUACUCAACAAAAACAAGACCCUCGCUGCUGUGCUACUACGAGGGGAAGGGCAGCCAGAGGAGGAACCACAAGAGGGAGAGGAGUCAGAGUGAUACAGUAGGCAAUAAAGGUACAAACCUA